AUGAAUGCUUUAAAAUUGCUGUCUUCAAAUGCACUAAGAUCUGCAACGCCCUCAGCCAGAAUUCUGUUGGCAAGGUCAAGUGUGCUGUUACCUUUAGUACUACGCUCGUCUCAUUCCUUAAAACAUAGGACCCAGAAUAGUAGAAUACUCCACUAUCAGAGGUACUAUUCCACUAAGUCUAAGGAACCUAAAUCAUCUGACAAAUCCAAUAGGAAAGAUGCAACGAUAAAUAAUGAACUACUAGCGACAAAGGAACAAGAAGCAAACCAAAGUAUCACAAAUCCUGCUGCUCAAGCAGUUUUCUACAAGCUUUUGUUAGAGGCAAAUUACCCACAAUAUGUCGUUUCCAGAUUUGAAACACCCGGUAUUGCGUCAUCGCCAGAAUGUGUGGAAUUGUACAUGGACGCUUUACAAAGAGUGGGUAGACAUGCAGAGGCAGAUGCUGUCAGACAGAAUUUGCUCACAGCUAGCUCUGCAGGUGCAAUUAAUCCAAAUUCAAAUAGUAACAAUAUCGACGCAUCUAAGCUUUUACAAAGUAAUAAGUUUUCGUCCCUGUAUUCGCCGUUUAUGGGUUCCAAGAAAGAGCCAGUCCAUGUUAUUGUUUCUGAAUCCACAUUUACCGUAGUAUCUAGGUGGAUUAAAUGGUUGGCAGUACUUGGUUUGUUGACUUAUGGUGCUUCCGAGAUGUUCAAAUAUCUCACAGAAAAUACGUCCAUCUUAAAGAAUUCAGAAAUUGCCGACAAAUCGAUUGAUGUGAGCAAGACCGAUGUUAAAUUUGAUGAUGUCAAAGGUUGUGAUGAAGCUCGCGCUGAAUUAGAAGAAAUUGUAGAUUUCCUCAAGGACCCAACCAAAUACGAAUCCUUGGGCGGUAAAUUACCAAAAGGUGUUCUUCUUACAGGACCACCAGGUACUGGUAAGACAUUAUUGGCUAGAGCUACUGCAGGUGAAGCAGGCGUUGAUUUCUUUUUCAUGUCAGGUUCGGAAUUUGACGAAGUUUACGUCGGUGUUGGUGCGAAGAGAAUACGUGAAUUGUUUCAACAAGCUAGAAAUCGUUCGCCUGCAAUCAUAUUCAUCGAUGAAUUAGAUGCAAUUGGUGGUAAGCGUAAUCCAAAGGAUCAAGCCUACGCUAAGCAAACUUUAAAUCAACUAUUAGUUGAAUUAGACGGGUUUUCCCAAUCAAGUGGUAUUAUAAUUAUUGGCGCCACUAAUUUCCCUGAGUCUUUGGAUAAAGCAUUGACGAGACCUGGUAGAUUCGAUAAAGUGGUAAAUGUCGAUUUACCUGAUGUCAGAGGUCGUGCUGAUAUCUUAAAACAUCACAUGCAAAAGAUCACAUUGGCACCUGAUGUUGAUCCUACUAUAAUUGCCCGUGGUACACCGGGAUUAUCAGGCGCUGAAUUAUCAAAUCUAGUUAAUCAAGCCGCUGUCUAUGCGUGUCAGAAAAAUGCAAUUGCAGUUGAUAUGUCCCACUUUGAAUGGGCAAAGGAUAAGACUUUAAUGGGUGCAGAAAAAAAGACUUUGGUAUUGACCGAUACUGCAAGAAAGGCUACUGCAUAUCAUGAGGCUGGUCAUGCAAUUAUGGCACUAUAUACAAAUGGCGCAACACCUCUAUACAAAGCAACGAUUUUGCCAAGAGGAAGAGCGUUAGGUAUAACUUUUCAAUUACCUGAAAUGGAUAAAGUUGACGUUACCAAGAGGGAGUGUCAAGCAAGAUUAGAUGUCUGUAUGGGUGGUAAGAUUGCAGAAGAAAUAAUUUAUGGUAAAGAUAAUACUACUAGCGGUUGUGGGUCAGAUUUACAAAAUGCAACCAAUACAGCGAGAGCUAUGGUUACACAGUAUGGUAUGAGUGAUGAAAUAGGGCCAGUAAAUUUGAAUGAAAAUUGGGAUAGUUGGUCAAAUACAAUCAAGAAUAUAGCUGACAAUGAAGUUGUUAGAUUUUUAAAGGAUUCUGAAGAAAGAACUAGAAGAUUAUUGGCGAAGAAAAAUGUGGAGUUACAUAGAUUGGCGAAAGGCCUGAUUGAAUACGAAACUCUGGAUGCAAAGGAAAUUGAAAAAAUAUGUAAAGGCGAGUCCAUAAACAAAUUGAAAGCAACUAGUAACAAGAUAGUCGAAAGUUCUGAUAACGAUGAACGUAAAGAUUUAGGAGGGAAAAAACCAAAAAUUCCAACUUUGAUUAAAGCAUGA